CAAACUUUUUAUUCGUCGGUCCUAAGAUCCAGUCGGAUCGAAUUUGUGUCUCAUUCGUUGGUUUGGUGGCUUACAAUUCUAUCGAUCGAUUUUUUAGUUACCUAGGUAUAAUUUUGUAAGGAUACAAUACAGUAGAGUAUACAUAAGACAUCUCAGUUAUCGUCAAUGAAAUUCUUAAAUGAAAAUUUUGUAAAUUCUACCGUUGAAGAAGAAAAUGUCACGCAAGAAAUCUACAAUGAGAAAGAUCCCUUUGGUGAUGUUAGCAACGAAUUUGAAGGUCCGAAAUACUACAGACUGAACGAAAAAGUAUUUGCUGAGCCUUUGAACACAAGUUUUAUAAAUGUCUCUUCAACAAAAUCUGAAAAUGAAUGUCUACCGGAAAUGUCAUUUGUUGGUAACAUUGGAGUUCAAACGAGACCAGACAAGAAGAACAAGAAGUAUUUCAUAGACAAUGAUGCCGUGGCCAACUUGACAUGUCCACAGCAAGAUUGCCUCCGGAAAUUCACUACGUCCACUCUCCUCAAAGCACAUAUCCGUAAAGUCCACUGUGCCAACAAAAGCAGCUAUGUUUGUGAGCUGUGUGGAGCUUCUUUCUCCGCUAAAUACCUACUGAAGAGGCAUUCUGGUGUGCACGAUGGUGGGAAAAUCAAAUGUCAUGUGUGUGGGAAGAUGCUGAGUGUUAGGACAAACCUUUCAACCCACCUCCGUACGCACUCGGCCGCCCGCCCUCACUCGUGCGGUUGCGGCAAGCGGUUCGUGCGCAGAUCCGCCCUGCGCAGACACGAGACAUAUGUACACAAGAAUUGCUGACGUAUGGGUAAUUCCCAGUCACUGUGUCCAUCUUUUAGUGAUUUUUCGGGACUUCUUUAUUUUGGUGAAAUGCUGAAUGUUCACAAAAGCAAACUUAAAAUUAAAUAAGAUUAGCUGCCAUAGUUUUAUUAUAGAUUAACGUGGUUAUUAGAUUAAUUAUUAAUAAGUGAAUAGUGAAUUUUUAUUAGUUAUGUACUUGUUUUGUUGAUUUAUAAUAUUUUUAACAUAUUUAAAGUUAUGCUAUAAUAUAAUAUUUUUAAUUUUUAAAUGUGGGAAUAUGUGCUAUUUUGAAUGCUCGUUUACCCACUAUAAUUACUUUUAAAAAACAAUUUUGGAUACCUAUGACAUUUUGGAACCUAGGUAGGUAUAUGUAUGAUUUAAAAGAGAAGCUUCCGCCUUUGUCCAGCAAUGGGACACCAUAAUAAAAACAUGAUCUCUCAAAUAUAUAAACGAAUGUAAUAAGCAAAAAUGUGUGAUUUCUAAAAACACAAUAGGUAUGUAUGUACAAUGUACAUUAAGAGCUCGUUGUUGCGUCAUUUUCUACCAGUUAACUAAAUUCACACGGCUCUGCCCGCGGACAAAGUUGCACAUUUUAUGUAAUUGUAUCCAGGUUGUGAAGUGCUAACUUGUACCCUUGCGCGUGAAAAUUUCUUUUCCUCUAGAAUAAUUUCAAUUAGCGUCAUAAAAGUUACUUAUUUAUUUACCAUAUUACCUAUUCAUUUAUUUUUAAACAAGUACAGUUGUAUGUAUACGUGCCCAGUGUGAGUGUAGCAAUGUAACACAUUGGUUUUGUAAUUAAAAAUAAUGUUUAAAUUACGUUAAUUUUAAUUACAAAAUUAAUGUUUUAUUUAAACCAAUUUCAAUAAUUCUAUGUAAUUAUUUUCACUUCAUAAUUGCUUUUUUCAGUGCGAUUACGACAAUUUGAGAUUGCGAUUUAUUUUAAAAAAUUAUACAUAUAAAUAAAUAAAUAUAUUAGGACAAAUCACACAGAUUGAGCUAGCCCCAAAGUAAGUUCGAGACUUGUGUUAUGGGAUACUAACUCAACGAUACUAUAUUUUUAUAAGAUAUACAUAUAUAGAUAAACAUCCAAGACCCGGGCCAAUCAGAAAAAGAUCAUUUUCCAUCAUGACCCGACCGGGGAUCGAACCCGGGACCUCUCGGUUCAGUGGCAAGAACCACUGCGCGCCACCGAGGUCGUCAAAUAUAAUUUAAAUUUAUUCAAUAUGCCUUUUAAUCAAUGUUGUUGGGGAAAACCGUUUAUUGUGCACACAAAAUAUCUAGCGGAUGCUGGUGGAUCGCGCAGACACGAAAUUAAUAUAGAUUUCCUGACAUCAUUUUAAAUCAUAUUUCAAGUUUGCUUUUUAUUCGUUACAGUGUUCUUAUUUUAUUUGUUUACAUGUUGAUGUAUAACAGAACAUUUUGGGUUAUUCAUCUCUCGUAAAUAGCUUUGCUAUGUUAUUUUAUUAUCUAUGUAUACAUAUAAUUAAACUAUUAGUGGGCUAUGUCUGUACAUAUGAGAUAUAACAGAAAAAUAAAUAUGAGGGCGCUUUUUGUGUUAAUUUCUGUCUAUGUGUAUAUGUUAUGUCUAUAAAAACUUCACAUCAUAUCCAAAAUCUUCGUAGACGGGAUCGUAUAUGACACUGGAAACAUAACUUGAUUUCGUGAAAAAUUACUAUAUAUAUAUAUGAGUCAGAUGGUAUACAAACUUAUGUAGCACGAGUAGAAUUCGAACCUGAUCCUCUCGAUCACAAACGGUCGUCUUAACUAUUGGACCACCAACGAUUCAUGUACACAACAUCCAUCCUAGGGUGUUUCUCACUAUAUGACUGUACAUUAAUUACUCUGUACCAUAGUAAUGAUCAAUUUUAUGAAUGAUUGAUUUUGGAAAUGAUUCCUUCCACAAGAAAAUUGACGGACUGUAAUGAGCGCGCAGCCGCAGCGGUCGAAACGCUCUACGAACCCCCCCCCCCCCCCCCCCACAACAUCAUCAUCAUCAGAAUUUAAGAGCUAUGUAUGCUCUUCUCGUUGAAGCUCCAUCCAUUUAUUUAUUUCAAUUGCCAACUGCUUCACUUCUUGAUACACCGCUCCGCUUCAAAGUUUGUGACGAUGUGUGUACGUUUGUUUACUCUCUCACGCAAAAUCUACUGGACAGAUUGUUGUGAAAUUUUUAUACAUGGUAGAAUAUGAACUAGAAUAAAACAUAGGGUACCUACCUUUUAUCCUGAAAUUCCCACGAGAUCGAGGCCCCGGGGUGAAGCGAAGCGAAGAAUCAUAUUUGUAUUCAAGAAUUUGCGAAGGUACAGUUUUAUUCCAUCAAUUUUGAUAGAUGCGCCUUGGAAACGCGCCCAAAGCCGCAGGCAGCAUCUAGCGUGAAGUACGCCUAUCAUUUUAAAGGCUUUAUCGUUCUCGCAGCAAUCUUGUUGUGUGAUAUGCGAUACGCUUUUUGAUUAAUGGUAAUACGAACUGCCUUACUAUAACUGAAACAUUAAAGAGCCAAUAUAUAAUUCUAUAAUGUUUAGCGUUAAUGUAUUUGUGUCUAGUUAAAUAAAACCCUUUAGAGCAAUUUUUUAUGUAUACGUAUGUUUUCCAUGGAAAUGUAAGCAAGUUUAAUUUGUAAGUACUUAUUAUAAUAGCUCUAUUCUGAUUUUAAAACAUAACUAUUAAUUAAAAAUGUUGUUUUUUUUUUAAUAUUAUUUACCAAAACUAUACUGAUUUGUUCAUAUUGUUUCAUGGAAAUCGCCAAUAAAGUUAUAGAUCACAAUUUAAAAAAUACAAUAAAAUAUAUAGAAAGUGUAAAAAAAAAAUGUCCACAAAAAUCACACAAUAUGGACACAGUGCAGUUUGUUUUUUUAUUCUCAAUCUUAUUCUUCGUUAUGUAAUUAGUUUUGUUAUGAUUAGUUUUAAUUAUAUUUUUAAAUCGUUUUAUCAACUAAUAAUUUUUAAAAUAAUUGUAAAUUUUGAACUAUAUAAUAUGGUAGGUACCUUGAAGAAUAAAUGUAAAAAGUCAAUUAAACAGCCAAAUCAACCAAUUAAUCAACUAACUAAAUUAAUUUUAAUAGUACUAGAAGCGAUGGUUAUCAUAAAUUAAUGUUUAAACAUAAUAAAUAUGAAAACAGUACGUAACCAUAUUCUCUGCGCGAUACAAAACUCCGACAGCCGUCGACAAACGUGACACUAAACCGAUCAUACGCGAACACAUCUCCAAGGAAGCCUUACAUCGCAGUUUUUGUUGAACAUGAAGUAAUAAACAGUCUUCAACAGCGCGCAAUGGAGCUCGUUAAAGUUUGUAGAGCGGUUUUAUGAAUAGAGCUCUGGCCAGCCCCGCUAUUGAGUCACGAAUGCGGACCGCAAUUCUCUGGCUGCAUGAUUCAAUUUGAAUAUCGAACAUUUAUUUUUUUCUUGUCUACAAAAUUAUAUUAAUAAACGUCCAGUGUUUUCGAAUUUAGUAUAUUGUGUUUUUUUAUUGACUGCUUAAAGAAAAGGAAUCUUAAAGGUCAGGUAACCUUAUCUUUGAGAUUAUUUUUCUUCGUGCAGAUGAAUUUGAAUCUGUGGUAAAAUAAUCUUUUUAUUUUUUUAAUAUAAAAAGAUUAUUAUUUAAAAUAUAAAAAGAGGGGAUUUUUUUUUUCAGACAAUAGUGUUUUAUGAGUUUAAAUGACCAUUAACAGAAUUAAUAAAAAAAUAAUGUUGCAUCCUGACCAUCUUCUUCCGUUUCGCUGUUUUUGACCUGUUUUUUUUUAGUCUAGAAUAUUAAUCGAACCACCACCGCUUCGAAAUAAGAGUUCACUAUAUAUAGCUUACACAUACAGAAUUAAAUCGAAUUUCUUCCUUUUUGUAUUGAGUAGUAUCAAAUUCUGUGAUUUGAUAGUAAUAAUGACAGUUUUGCAAAUCUCGAAAGACAAACGUGGCGUUCGUCACGUAUACCGCAAUGCAGAAUAUAGGGCUACUGUCAAUUCUUUCAGAGAGGUACCUUUUACGACUUUAUGUCAUUUUAGAUUUGGGCUAGUUAAAUAUAAAUAAAUAAAUAUAUUAGGACAAUCACACAGAUUGAGCUAGCCCCAAAGUAAGUUCGAGACUUAUGUUAUGGGAUACUAACUCAACGAUAUUAUAUUUUAUAACAUAUACGUAUAUAGAUAAACAUCCAAGACCCGGGCCAAUAAGAAAAAGAUCGUUUUCCAUCAUGACCCGCAACCCGAAGUUAUAGUUCAUUGAUUUUUCUAUUCUUCUUUUACAAGUAUUCUUUUACAAGUACACGAAAAUAAUCAAAACAAAAUGGCCGCCGCUUUCCGCCAUUAGCCAUCACGGAUAUUUAAUUAAUCGACUUACUGAUAUCCGCACCUCUCACUUGAACAACAUAAACAGAAUCCAGUGUGUAUCGAAUAGUUAACAAUUCUGUGUUUGUUUUUGUUGUUUUUUUUUUCAAUUUAUUUUAUUUUUUUAAAUUAAUUCGAUUCCACAGGUUAGAAAUCUGUUGCGUGUAAAUGACUAUUGAAUUUGAAUAUAAGUAUAUAUUUUUUUAUCAUUUGACAACCAAAAAUUUUCUUAUUUAAUUUCAAUUUGGCAUGACAUCUCUAACUGUAUACUAAGAUUUAUUUACAAUUUUUCUAUGUACUUAUGUAGUAAUGAGCAAUGGUAAAUAGGGAAAAAAUGUUUUCCAAUUACGGAUAAAGGCAUUUUCCUCUAUAAUAUACUGUCUGACUGAAUAAAUAUCAAACUGGAUACUCAGAUAUAAUUAUAUGUUUGUAACUAGGUAUAUUUUCCUGCCGGUUGCGACUGGAAGAGAUCCCUCCAUGGGAUAAGUCCGCCGUUGCUAGUGCUUUUUCUGUUUCUGUGUCUUUGUGGUUUAGUAUGCAAAAAAGUUAUUUCAAACAAAAAAUAAAGUUUUUUUUUUUACACAACAAAUAUUAGUAGGUAUAAAUGGUGAAAUUCUCUCUCAUAUUGUCUGCAUUUUCCCGGUUGCACUGACGGCUGUGGCGCCGCGAAGCCGGUAUAAAAAGUAAUCUUAACAUUUUGAAACAUUUGCUGUGAUUUGUGCCGGUCGCCUGCCUGACGUAACCCCCCCUGGAAAUGUUGUUGCUGGCUAUCAGCUGCCUACAGUAUAGUAGCCUUAGUCGUCUCGUAUUCUCCUAUUCUAGAAUUUAAGAACCAUUGAAAUAGGAAAAUUAUUUAAUAUCAAUAUAUUAAAUUUUAUUAGGUUAGAAAAUGUUAAAUAUAUAUUUUUUUGUGGAUUAAUAUUAAAAUUGUCCUUGAUCGUUCUGUUAUUAAAAUCAAACUAAACCAAAUUUGAAAUUAAGAUUUUUCCUUUCUAAGUUUGAAUUUCGAAUUUAUUCCGAUGAGUCAUGUGAUGGCUCAUGGGUAAGUAUUUUGCGGUUGGUUCUUCUGUCCUACAUACUAUAAAUAUUGGCCAGUAUGAUAGGGAUUUUAAAUAUUUUUUUUUCUUUAUUUAAUCGCUGAAAUCAGUUCCUCUUUACCCAAAUUCAUGUCAUAACGUUUAUCUUUACUUCACUGUUAUUCAUAUAUUAUUAAGUCUAGUUAUAAUUACAAACUGGAUAUUUUAAUAGUGUUUUUUAAACAUUCUUAAAAAUAAAAUGAGGUAUUGCAUACAUUAUACAUUUUGUAUCACAAAUAGGGUGUCAAUUCGAUUUUUUAGUUUUUCUAAAUUUGGAUACAAAUUUAUGUAAUAGUUGUUUUAUUUUUGACGUCAUUUAUACAAAAAAAAUAUCGCUAUAUCCAAUAUAGUAAUAUACAUAAUGUAUAACAAAUUAACAUACUAACAUUAUUAAUAAUACGUUUAUCAAUAUGUUGAACAUAUGAAAUUAUAUAAAAUAUAUUACUAAACUAGCGGCGCUUUACGGCUUCGCUCGGGUAAAACCAUAAUAAAUGAUACUUAAAAACCUUGAAUCACUCUAUUAAAAACCACACAUAAAAAUAUGUUGCGUAAUUUUGAAGAUCUAAGCAUACAUAGGGACAGACAGACAGCGGGAAGCGAGUUUUUUUUUACAUAGUAAUGUACAUCAAAAAAUUCAGUACAAAUUGUGCUCCCUCUCCCUCUAACUAAAUUAGUCAACGUUGCAAUACAAGGUUCCACAAAAACCGAACGUUCGUUAUCGUUCUUUGAACGACAAAUGCGUGUAUUUGCUUUGCGUGACACCCAUCUGACUGUUACCAUACCGUCCGAGCGAGAUAUAUUCUUAUAAAAUAACAACUUAAAUUUAUGUAAGUAUUGUUCAUUACUCAUUUAAAAACCGGUUUGUGUGCGGCCAAUUGAAAUAACCGCAGAUAAUGCUACAAAAUGAUAAUAUUUAUCAUUUAAAACUAUGAAAUAAAGCGAGGAAAAUGUCUAGCUGACGAUUACGCUCAUUGGCAGACACUCGCCGACUAGUCGAGUCGGUGCCUCGCAUUCGCACUCGAUUCGAUAUUCGAGAAUCUUUAAACGCUCACAUUGCAGGGGAGCGGAAAAGCGAAUGCUCCGUUCCACAUUUAAACAUUUUAAAAUUUAUAAAAAUAAUAAAUGCCGCGUUGGGUUUUUGAUUUUUUAACUUUUUAACAUCAGCCAGUAUUUGACCCGUUUCCGUUAUUAUAUUUUUUGACGAAUUUGUGAUGUUAUCUUUUGUUCGAACAAUUUAAAAGAAAUGGUUGUGAUAAAAACGAUUUGAGUGAUUGUAUUGUGCUGCCAUAUGCAUAGUGCUGAUUAAAAUAGCACCGAUAAAUAGGAAUUUCCUAGGCGAUAAUGGGU